AUAAAACAAAAUAAGAUAUUUUCCAUAAUUUACAUAAUUUAUAUACAAUACUCAAAUUUACAAUGCCGAUCGCACGACCGGCAGGUCUAUCUGAUGAAGAAUCAAGCGACGACGACUAUGGAUACUUCGAACGUAAACCUAAACAAAAGUACCAACAACAUGACCAUAUAAAUGUGCUUCGGCAAAAUGAGGAAAAAUUGAAAGAAACUGCCAUCAAUGGAGAUUUAGAAAAAUUUAAGUCCAUUUUAAGUAAUGAUCUCAAAAAUGUUAAUGUAAAACUUGAUAGUGGAUGGACUCCUUUGCUACAUGCCUGUUUCCAUGGUCAGGAAGAAUUUGUGAAAUAUUUACUGGAGGCAGGGGCCAACCCAAAUUUAAGUGCUGAUUCAGUGUCACCAGUGAUGAUGGCAUGCUCCAAUACCAGCGCCAGUGAUACCGCUGUCUACAAUAUAGUGACCAUGCUUAUAGAAAAGCAUUGUAUAUUGAAUCAAGGAGACAAAUAUGGUUUGACCCCUCUCAUGAGAGCUGCCAGCAGUGGACGGACAGGACUUGUACAAUUAAUACUUACAAAACCAGUCAAUAUUGAAAUGAGAGAUGAGAAGGGAUGGACAGCAUUGUUUUGGGCUAUACACUGUAAUCAGCUUGACUGUGUGAAGAUUUUACUGUCGGAAGGUGCCAAUGUAAAACUUAUUGAUAGACACAGUCGUACGCCACUCGAGAUAGCGGAGUCCCAUGGGUUCAUGGAAAUUGUUGACGUAAUUAAAAAACACUUGCAUUGUGACGAUGAAAAGGAAUGUCAGGAUGAUGAUGAUGUACCUGAUAAUUGUGAUUGGGAAAAUUACUAUCCAGAUGUGAAGAAAUCUGUACCGAAUUAUUCCAAUGAAGUGUUACAUUUGCUGGAAGGUAUGAAUUGUAGGAGAUUAAAGAAGAAAUUUCACGAGUGCAACAUAGAUCUUAGAACAUUCCUUCUGUUAGAAGAUAAGGACUUGUUGAAAUUGGGUAUUGAAAUGCCAUACGAGAGGCAGAGGAUAAAAACUGGAAUAAGGAAAUUUCACACUAGAAGCUGGACAUUGAAUUCUGUUGCUGGGUUGUAUGCUGAGAAAUCCAAAAAGUACACUAUUAUAGAAUGUUUAGCUGUACUGGGGAGCCAUCUGCAACAGUUGUACAUACUGGAGGCGACGCUAGCUUAUGUACUGCGGGAUUACAACAGACUCCGUGAUCAACUGGACUCCGAGCCCCCGGACUCGCCAGUUAUAAAACAGCUCAAUGACGCUGUAAAGAAGAUGAUCACGAACAUUAACAAUAUCAGAAAAGAAGUAAACAAUAUGAAGGUUCUGCAUAAAAAGAUAAAAGACGAGAGUUUAAGGCCAGCAGAUUUAAUACGGGCGAAAACUUCAUACGAGGUGGCAAAGGAGUAUGUAACUAAAUUAGCUAUUAUAUGCGGAAUGGGCCUAUUAGCCAAAAGUUAUAUUCGUAAGAUGUUUACCUAAUUAUUAUUAUUGUAAAGGCAAAUUAAUUUGACUAGGCGCCUACAUGCUCUCUUGAUACCGUACAUGUAAUAAAACCCUUAGUUUUGGAACUUUUGGAGAAGCCAAAAGUUCCAAAACUAAGGAUUUUAAAUGUGCCACACGAUAUUUUCAAAUUCCACAGAACUGGAAUUUGAAAAUAUCGAUUUAUAUAAUAUCGUAUGCGAAUUAAACGCAGCGAAUAGGUUAAUGUCGUGGGGAUAUUGUGCGAUUCAGAAUUUAACAUAUUAUGGCGUUGUUAGUUUGAUGUUAUAAUAUUGUAUUAUCUUGAAUACAAGAUGUUAUUCCCGUACAAAUGAUAUUAUUAGUCGAGUACGUAUGUUAAGUUAUUUCUAAAAAUUAAGUCAAUGACCAAAUAUUACGUCUCCGCUUUUCCAUGAACCCUAUUUAAGUUACCAAGUGCCAAAAUGGUACUAAUAAAAUAUGUUUAACUUUGCCAUAUCAACUUUAUAGAGUUUAAGGAUUAUAAUAUUAAU